CAUAACAACAGAAAUAUGGGCACACGCAAAAAGGGCUUGUAGUUCGCUAAGCAUAUUUCAGAGAUUAUUGCCAAGGCCACAGGCUUUGAGCGACACUUGGAAAAGGUAAAAAUAUUGGAUGGCGGCGAUGGCAUUUGCACUGCAGAAUUUACCGUUGCUCCAGAGCAUCUAAAUAAAGCUGGAGGAUUGCAUGGCGGCUAUACGGCGACUUUAGUAGAUAUGAUAACGACCUAUGCGCUGAUGUCGAAGCCCUGCCACCCAGGUGUCUCAGUUGACAUCAAUGUUAGCUACCUGAAAACGGCUCGUGUGGGCGAUGAAGUGCUCAUCGAGGCUAAUUUAGUGCGAGCUGGAAAGACGCUCGCAUUCCUCGACUGCCAGUUGCGGCACAAAAAGGACAACUCAGUGAUAGCCAAAGGAUCGCACACUAAAUACGUAAACUUUCAGUAGAUAGUGUGUGCUAAGUUUUGAUAUUGUGCUUUAUUGUUUACACGUGUAGCAGUAGAUAUUUAGUUAAUUUGUUAAUUAAUUGUUUGUUGCUCUGUGUGCGUUAUGGUUAAGAGUUAAAGGCGGCUUCCAUUGAUAAAUACUAUGAAUCCUUGACUGUCUCUAUACUCGAGUUUGAUUUACGUUUCCGUGCUCUCGAAUGGAAACCGCCUUCUAGUGUUAAUGUGGCUACUAAGUUUAAGAGGGGCGUUGAUUAAUUGUUAAGUCGAUAUGCA